AUGUAUCAAUUUUCUUUGUUGUACAGCCUCCGCCCCUCCGCCUCCACUCUCCUCUUCAUCCUUUCCAUCUUCUCAGCCGCCGGUCUUACGCUGAUCUUUUCUCUUUCCAGGGCAGUUUCUACUGAUCUGGGACUCGGAUUUGUCUCUCAAGAUGUUGCUCGUAUAUGUUCCAAGGUAGUACCAGCAUUGGCAAGCAUCAUUCUACUUGGAACUCUGCUUGCUUUCUUCAGGGCCUUCUCACAAUGGCGAGCAAGAAAUUAUACAGAUGUGUCCUUGCAGUCAUCACCUGGUACGGAUCAGCCGGUUGCCACCCCUUGGUCAAAAAAACGCCCCCCCUUUCACAAGGAGAUAGCUACAGAGGAGGAUCUCAAAAGAUUCUUGGCGGACGUUGAUGAGAAAAUAUCCGAGACCAUAAGUAAAUUGGGGACCCCACCUCCCACCGUGAAUGGAUUUAGUAUGGCCAGUCCAAACACCAUGGUCAGCUCGGUCAAUACUUCUGGAGCAACGAGAAGCACGCCUUUGAGGCCAGUAAGGAUGUCCCCUGGUUCCCAAAAGUUCACGACCCCUCCGAAGAAAGGGGAAUUGGAUCUACCCCCUCCAAUGUCCAUAGAAGAGUCAAUUGAGGCUUUCGAGAAGUUGGGCGUCUACCCGCAUAUCGAGCAAUGGCGUGAUCGGUUGAGGCAGUGGUUUUCUUCCGUUGUACUCAAUCCUCUUCUUACAAAAAUCGAAACCAGCCACCUGAAGGUUAUUGAAGCAGCUGCUAAACUUAACAUUUCAAUUACCCUCAGUCAAGUUGGAAGUGAUACCCUUACUACACCUACUGCUAAUGUAUCUCAAAUGGAGCGAACUAAUGAGUGGAAGCCAUCAUUUGCAGUUGACGAAGAUGGACUUCUUCAUCAGCUGCGUGCUACUCUCAUUCAAGUUCUUGAUGCUUCAAAAUUACCUUCUAGCAACUUCCAGCAAGCUGCAUUAAUUCCUGUUCUACAAGAGGCUGUUGAUGCCAUUGUGGAGCAUCAGAGGCUCCAUGCUUUGAUAAAAGGAGAGUGGGCUAAGGGGUUGCUUCCUCAAAGUAGUGUCCGUGCAGAUUAUACUGUACAAAGGAUUCGUAAGCUUGCGGAAGGAACUUGUGUAAAGAACUACGAGUAUCUGGGAAAUGGCGAAGUCUAUGACAAUGUGAAUAAGAAAUGGAGUCUUGAGCUCCCCAGUGAUUCUCAUCUACUUCUCUACCUGUUUUGUGCUUUUCUGGAGUAUCCCAAAUGGAUGUUGCAUGUCGAUCCUUCAACUUAUACCGGGGCACAUGGUAGCAAGAACCCUUUGUUUUUGGGGGCUCUGCCGCCUAAAGAAAGCUUCCCUGAGAAGUAUAUAGCUGUUAUAUCCGGUGUUCCCUCUGUGCUGCAUCCUGGGGCUUGUAUUCUAGCUGUUGGGAAGCAAUCUCCUCCAGUAUUUGCUUUAUACUGGGACAAAAAGCCUCAGUUUUCUUUCCAGGGAAGAACGGCAUUGUGGGAUUCCAUAUUGCUCUUGUGCUACAAAAUUAACGCGAGUUACGGUGGUUUUGUAAGAGGGGUACACCUCAGCUCAUCGGCCUUGGAAAUUCUCCCAGUUCUCGAACCAGAAACUGACGAUUGA